AUGGAAAGAAGAAUAAAACGAUCAUCAGACGACACUGUUUAUGAUUACAAUAAUAAAAAAAAAACAAAAUUGUUAAUAACAACAAUUAAAUCUUGUUUUGAAAAUUUAGCAAAUGAAAUUUUUUAUGAAAUAUUUGAAUAUCUUGAUUAUAAUGAUAUUUAUCAUGGUUUCUUUUAUCUUAAUAAUCGAUUUCAAAAUCUCCUUAUUAAUUUAAAUAUUCCAUUUCAAAUAAAUCUUUCAACAAUAUCAAAAUUGCAUUUUGAUCUUUAUAAUAAAAAUAUUUUUCAACCAAAUAAACAUCGAAUAAAUAUUCUUCAUUUAUCAAAUCCAUUUAUAAUUGAACUAAUUUUUUCUCCACCACGUCUUAUUUGUGAUUUUAUUCAUAUUGAAAAAUUAAUAUUUGAACAUAUCAAUUCAAAAUAUCUUGACAAAAUUCUUAAACAUUUAAUUCAUUUACCUAAAUUACAUACAUUAAUUCUUUCUCCUAUUGAUUAUAUUCUAAAUCCAACUAUUAUUUUUAUUCAAAUAUUUCGUUUAAAAAAAUUAAAAUAUUGUAGAUUAACAUAUCGAAUUAAAGAUAAUGAAAAUGUAUUACCAAUAGAUUUUGAUCAAUAUGAACAAAGUUCUAUUGAAUAUUUAAUAAUAAAUAGUCCUUUUCGAUAUGAAUCAUUUCAAAAAUUAUUUAUUUAUCUUUCAAAACCUCGUCAUUUAUCAAUUAAUUAUCUUUUUGGAUCAAAUCAUUCACAGAUAGGUUUUUAUUCAAUUGAAUUAAAAGAUUUAAACUAUGUUUUUUUCGAUCUUCAUUCAAUUCAUUUCCAUCAAUUUGAAGAAUUAAUAAAACAUUUCUUUCAUCAUAUUAAAGUUUUACGUAUUUCAACAUUCAAUGAUUCAUCAUAUUCACAUGCAAAACAAUGGGAAGAAUUAACUUCAUCUUCAAUGCCAAAUUUACAUAUUUUUGAUAUGAAUAAUAGUUAUACUACUGCAAUGCAUCGAUUUUUAUAUCUUUGUUUAAGUGGUCAAUUUAGAUCGAAGCUUUGA